GAGAGAGAGAGAGAGAGUAACCUGCAGGAAGACUCACAUGGUCCUGCAGCAGAAACACACACACAGACACCGCGGAGACUGUCCACGCUCUCUCUCUGUAUCACACACGGCUCCGAUCCAUCCUCUUCUCUUAAACACCCUGUUGUCUUUAUUUGAUUUUUUUUUUCUCCCCCGCCGCCACUUCCCUUCUCCUCCUCCUCCCGUAGCCCAGUGUCAGUCACACUCGGGCCGGUAAAGCAGCGCCAUGGCUCGGGAGAACGGAGACACCGGCAGAGGAGAGACGUGGAAAAAACAAGUCGACGACAUCAAGAAGAUUUUUGAUUUGAAAGAACUCCUUGGCACAGGAGCCUUCUCAGAGGUGGUCCUGGCCCAGGAGAAGCUGACUGGACGAAUGUUCGCGGUGAAGUGCAUCCCCAAAAAGGCUCUCAAGGGGAAGGAGAGCAGCAUCGAGAAUGAGAUCGCUGUGCUGAGGAAGAUCAAGCACGAGAACAUUGUGGCACUGGAGGACAUUUACGAGAGUCCUGACCACCUCUACCUGAUUAUGCAGCUCGUGUCUGGUGGUGAGCUGUUUGACCGAAUCGUGGAAAAGGGUUUCUACACAGAGAAGGAUGCAAGCACGCUCAUCCGACAAGUACUGGACGCAGUUAACUACCUGCACAGGAUGGGCAUUGUACACCGAGACCUGAAGCCAGAGAACCUGCUGUAUUUUAAUCCUCUGGACGAGUCAAAGAUCAUGAUCAGUGACUUUGGGCUUUCCAAGAUGGAAGGCAGUGGUGACGUCAUGUCCACAGCCUGUGGUACUCCAGGAUACGUGGCUCCUGAGGUGCUUGCUCAGAAGCCAUACAGUAAAGCAGUGGACUGCUGGUCCAUCGGAGUGAUCGCCUACAUCCUGUUGUGUGGUUACCCUCCGUUCUACGAUGAAAACGACUCCAAACUCUUCGAGCAGAUCCUGAAAGCUGACUACGAGUUUGACGCACCAUACUGGGAUGACAUAUCAGACUCAGCCAAGGAUUUUAUCAGCAAUCUGAUGGAAAAAGAUCCAGCCAAGCGUUUCACCUGUGAUCAGGCACUCAGACACCCUUGGAUUGCUGGGGACACAGCUCUCUGUAAGAACAUCCAUGAGUCAGUGAGCCGGCAGAUCAAGAAGAAUUUCGCCAAGAGUAAAUGGAGGCAAGCAUUCAAUGCCACCGCCGUGGUCCGGCACAUGAGGCGGCUGCAGCUUGGCAGCAGUAUGGGCAGCAGCAUGGACUCCUCCAACCCACCGACCAGGCAGAACCAGUCUCAGAAGCUGGCCCAGAGCCUGAGCCAGACAGGCCAGAACCAGUCAGCUCAGAGCCAAAACACAGCGCAGAGCCAGAGCGCCAACGUAGCCGCCAGCAAAACCUCCGACAACACCAUAGCAGCUCCGCGCAAGGAAUGUGUGACUGCACCGGUCACGCCCUGCAGUCUGGCGUCUACAGCUGCUUCUCCAGCCACCGGGGCAGAGCUGAACCGACCCCAUCCCUCAGCAGUGCCCGCCCCAGUGCUCACUGAGACCAAGUGACGCCAGGCCCCGCGGGGAACCAGCUGGGAGGCCACAGCACUGUGAGGCAACGAGAAACAGGAGGACAACAGGAACGAGAAGAAGAUGAUCCUCUUCCUCGUCCCUAUUUUUCACUGUACUUCCUCUUGGAUGCCCCUCAGCCAGUUCCCCGCCCUGCUCCCGGGAGAGCAGAGGACUUUACCUCCUCUCCACCAGUUCUAGCCACUCAGCGCCACACUGUACGCCCACCGCCCACACAGCAGAACAGCAACAGCACAGCUACUGACUCUCAUUGUGGAUCGUUCUGCUGCCAGCUGUACUUGGUGGCUGUGUGAUGAUGAGAGUCCACUGCUCUAAACUUGAGCAGGAGGUUUGGUGGAUUCAUAUUAUUCAAUGUCAGUCAACUUCAACUUCCCUCUUGAAUCUGGUCUUUCCUGUUCCACUUUAUUAAGCUUUAUUCCAAUUUUUGGUUUAAUUGUUGGCAACUGGAUAUUUUAAUUUUUUACUACUACUAUUAUUGUUGAUGUUGUUGUUGUUGUUGUUUUAAAGGAGCUAUAUGUAACAUUAGACAAAUAGAUAAUUGAUAAUUGCCAAAUUGAUAGUGCUGCUUUGGUAUUAUGACUGUAAAUAAUUAAAUAAGACCAAAGACAAGAUUGCUAUAAAUUCUACGAGUGUUUCUCAAAACUAAGACUCCAUUUCCCAUGAUCGCAGUAUUUCACCUUAGCCCUGUUUCCACCACGAGGUACAGUUCAGGAUGUCACGUAGUUAUUUAUGUUGUUAUUGUCAAAAUUUGUAAAGGGUACAAAAAUAACAGCUGUGUGCUGUCCCACUUUUUGGCCCCCUUUUGUUUGGGUCCCUAGCACAGUGGUCCAGCACCCAAAGGGUGGAAACUGCAGUCUGUCCAUUGGUCGAUAAAGAACCCUUUCCAUCGGGCAACAACGGGAACGGAAUUGGGGGAAAAAAACAAAAUGUUAUGUACUGUGCUUUACCACAGAAAGAGGACUCAAAGCCAUUAUUUUUCUUACUGAAUUUACUUGCGGGCUACACUGUUGUGCUGGUAUGAUGUCAUGCUAUUUAUGUUGAAGACGCACAGGCAUGUAGCCUAUACACCGUGAGCUGCACUGUACUGGGUGGAAAUGUAACUAUUGUUUCCACCAUCACUACAUUCUCUGUCAUCGGCACCUGUAAAGCAAUCAGUACGAUUUAAGGCUGGCAAAGUUCUUAGUGACAACCUCACAUGUAAACACAAAUUCUACUAAUGUUGGAAACAAACGUGACAGUGAUUAUCCAUAUGAAAAAUGCUACACAUAGCACCUUUAAGACCUUUUUCUAUGUUCUUAUGGGCUUGUCCAUCUGUUUGUUUGUGCUUAAAGAAGUGCUUUUAAAGAACCAUACGACUGUUGAGAUGUGAAAACAUGAUUAAGCGUUUUACCUAUUUUGCACAGAGAGGUCCAGAUGUGUUCUCAGAUACAGAUUUGCGGCACUCCACUUAUGUUUUUCAGGCUGAGAGUUUAGAUUGUAAACCUUUAUGAAAGAGACGAUUUUAAAGCAGUGUACUACUUGUUUGUUGUCUGAAACAAUUUAGUUUUUCUUCUUAAUUUGUAAGUAUCUUUAACAAUCUCCCUUUAAGAGUUACAUAUACAGGUUGCAAUGAUGCAUGCAGCAAGUUAAGGGUAUGAUGAGAAAGACAUGUAUAUAUGAUGAUGAUGAUGAUGAUGGAGAUACGUAGCUCACCAUUUGACUUCCAAACUACAGAGUCUCAAGUAGCACAGUGCAGUUACACGAGAGCUAUUAGAUACAAAAUGUUAGACUCCAUCUCACAGAUGUUUAACUGCCUGUGUGAAUCUUCAGAUUUUGCCUCAUGUGGAGUCAAAAUCCAAGUCGGAGAAGCUGCUGCCUUUAAUUAUUUGCUUUCACCUUCUAAUGAAGCCAUGAUCUCCACGUCUCGCAUCAUCAAGCUGCGCCCAGUUCAGAAGUGCUCAGGGAAAACAGCUGCAGCUGCACUGUGUGCUGGAAAAUACUGGUUUAGUCGCCGUACAGGUGUGACGUGGCGUCACAGAUAACGACCCAGAGAUUAAGAUGUUAGUUGUGUCCUCACCGCAGAAUUAAAUAUUGCCCUGGUUUCAGACUGCACCACAGAAAACUCAAUCGCUAUAAACACUGCUAGUGAAAAGUUUAACCUCAUCACUUGGCUGCAGAACACCGUAGAAUUGUCUAAAUGGGUAAUUUGGGAGGUUAUUAGGAAGGCAAAAGACACUGUGUGGACGUGAGCGCCUUCUUUAUACAACACUUUCAGUUUAAGCACCUGCAAAAGGUUUUGUUUUGAUGAUGGAUGAGUUUGAGGAAGUCGUUGACAGAACUGAGGAGGAAGAUAUUUGGAUUUACUUUUAUGAAGAGGACAGGAGCUCAAGA